CAACCGCGCAACAUAAAGCUGCUGCGUGCCGUAACAUUCUAGAAGGAUUUUACGAAGGGGAUAAACAUCUGAACGGAUAAUUCGUGCAAAUUGUUUGAAAUUGUGCAGUUAACGAGUGUAAAAGUGGUAGCGGAACGGUAAUUAACCAUGGUCGAUUACAGCAAGUGGAAAGACAUCGAGAUUUCCGAUGAUGAAGAUGACACCCAUCCGAACAUCGACACUCCGUCGUUGUUCCGCUGGCGGCACCAGGCCCGUGUCGAGCGGAUGGAGGAACACAAACGGGAAAAGGAAAAGCUCGAUGAGAAGAAACGGACCACGGAGAAGAAGGUGAAGGAAGUCAAGGAGAAGCUGCAGAAGAGCGACGGAAAUAUGGAUGAGUUGAAGAAGAGUUUGGAGGAGCUGGAAAAGGAGCAGGCUAGAAUGCGGAAGGAGGAAGAUGAGUGGAAGAAGAAGGAUAAGCUGCAGCCGUGGAAUGUGGACACCAUCAGCAAGGAGGGUUUCCAGAAGACCGUCAUCAACAAAAGCGCCAUCAAUAAGAAGCAGGAACUGACGGAGGAUCAGAAGGAGAUGAAUCUGAAGGAGUUCAUCAAGGCAAACGAGAAGCAACUGAAGCAAUACGGAAUGUUGCGGAAGUACGAGGAUUCUAAAAAGUUCCUGCGUGACAAUCACAAGUUGGUGUGCGAGGACACGGCGAACUAUUUGGUGAUCUGGUGCAUCGAGCUGGAGAUGCAGGAUAAGCACGAACUGAUGGCGCACGUUGCUCAUCAGUGCAUCUGUAUGCAGUACAUUCUGGAUAUUGCAAAGCAGUUAGACGUAGAUCCCCGUGCCUGCCUGGAGUCAUUCUUCCAGCGCAUCCAGGUGGCAGAAGCUGAGUACAAAAAUAAAUUCCAAGAGGAAAUUGAAUCCUUCAAGGAGCGCAUUCGAAAGCGAGCUCAAGAAAAAGUACAGAAAGCAAUCGAAGAGGCGGAAGAAGAGGAGCGAAAAGCUCGCUUGGGCCCCGGCGGUCUCGAUCCGGUGGAGGUGUUUGAGUCGCUGCCGGAAGUGCUGCAGAAGUGCUUCGAGACGCGCGACAUCGGUAUGCUGCAGGAAGCGAUUAGUCAAAUGCCGGAGAAAGACGCUCGGUAUCACUUGAAACGCUGCGUAGAUUCGGGCAUGUGGGUGCCGGAUGGUAACACGGGCAUGUUGGACGUUAAAGCUGAGACCGAAGCGACUGAGGAUGGUGGAGAAAAAUCGGAAGAAGCAAAGAGCGAAGAUAAGAAAGAUGCUGAAUAGUGAUCUUACUGAUAGUACGGGUAGAAAGCUGUGUAGUCGUUGUGAUGUGAAGCAAGAACCUUAAACACUAAUCUACCUUCGGCAGAACAAGCUUUCAAUGAUGUUUGGGUUUAUUUUUCGAUUAUAGUGAGACAGACGACCUCUUUACCUUACCUGGUGAAACUGAGCCGCCUCACCGCACUUCAAAAAUAGUCCCAAAUCACCUUCAUCUAUCAGGCUGCAUACUCAAUUGCAAAUCUUCCGUUAAAACUAUAUGCUAAACCGACUAUUCUUUUGUCCAAAUGUCAGUGUAACCAUUUUAUAUCUAUAUUCUACUAUCGUAUGUUAAAUAAACACGUGUCCAUAAAAAUGCUG